AUGAGCCUUGUUGAACCACAAAAAAAGUCGCCCAAAAGACAGAAAAAGUUGCUCAAGAGACAGAGAACGACAAAAAAGUUGCCUAAGAGACAGAAAAAGUCGCUCAAGUGUCAGAGAACGACAAAAAAGUUGCCUAGGAGACAGAAGAAGUCGCUCAAGAAACAGAAAACCACAAAAAAGUCGCCCAAAAGACUGAUGAAGUUGCUCAAGAGACAGAAAACCACAGAAAAAGUUACCCAAGAGACAAAAAAAGAAACCACAGAGAAGUCGCCCAAGCGACGGAAAAAGUCGCUCAAGAGACAGAAAAAGUCGCUCAAGAGACAGAGAACUACGAAAAAGUCGCCCAAGGGACGGAAAAAGUCGCUCAAGAGACAGAGAACGACAAAAAAGUUGCCUAAGACAGAAAAAGUUGCUCAAGAGACAGAAAACCACAGAAAAAGUGGGCCAAGAGACAGAAAAAGUCGCUCGAGAGACAGAGAACGACAAAAAAGUCGUCUAAAAGACAGAAAAACUUGCUCAAGAUACAGAGAACAUCAAAAAAGUCGCUCAAGAGUCAGAAAAAGUCGCUCAAGAGAACUACGAAAAAGUCGCCGAAGAGACGGAAAAAGUCGCUCGAGAGUCAGAGAACGACAAAAAAGUUGCCUAAGAGACAGAAAAAGUUGCUCAAGAGACAGAGAACUACGAAAAAGUCGCCCAAAAGACAGAAAAAGUUGCUCAAGAGACAGAGAACGACAAAAAAGUCGCUCAAGAGACAGAAAAAGUUGCUCAAGAGACAGAAAAAGUCGCUCAAGUGUCAGAGAACGACAAAAAAGUUGCCUAAGACAGAAAAAGUUGCUCAAGAGACAGAAAACCACAGAAAAAGUGGGCCAAGAGACAGAAAAAGUUGCUCAAGAGACAGAAAACCACAGAAAAAGUUACCCAAGAGACAAAAAAAGUCGCUCGAGAGACAGAGAACGACAAAAAAGUCGUCUAAAAGACAGAAAAACUUGCUCAAUAUACAGAGAACGACAAAAAAGUCGCCCAAAAGAUAGAAAAAGUUGCCCAAGAGACAGGAAACCACAGAGAAGUCGCCCAAGCGACGGAAAAAGUCGCUCAAGAGACAGAAAAAGUCGCUCAAGAGACAGAGAACUACGAAAAAGUCGCCCAAGGGACGGAAAAAGUCGCUCAAGAGACAGAGAACGACAAAAAAGUUGCCUAAGACAGAAAAAGUUGCUCAAGAGACAGAAAACCACAGAAAAAGUGGGCCAAGAGACAGAAAAAGUCGCUCGAGAGACAGAGAACGACAAAAAAGUCGUCUAA